AUGAGCGAAGAGAAGACGAUUCUGUCGAUCCAAUCGUAUGUGACCCACGGCUAUGUGGGAAACAAGGCAGCAUCGUUCCCACUGCAGCUGCAUGGGUUUGACGUGGAUGGCGUCAACACGGUGAGCCUCUCGAACCACAGUGGCUAUCCCAUCAUCCGCGGCCAUCGCAUGGACCUUCAGGAGUACGAAACCCUAAUGGAAGGCAUGCGUGCGAAUAACUUCUUACCCGGCUAUCGCUACAUCAUUACAGGGUACAUCAACAAUGCCGAUAUUGUGAGGAGGAUCCGUGACACGGUUAAAGAAAUCCGCACACUGCGUGAGAAGGAAGGAAAGAAGCUUACGUUCUUCUGCGACCCGGUUAUGGGCGAUGAUGGCAUCAUGUACUGCAAACAGGAAGUCUUGGAGGCGUACAGGGAGCUUAUUCAGUGCGCAGAUGUUGCAACUCCGAACUACUACGAGGCAAGCCUGUUGAGUGGCGUCAAUGUAACGGAUAUGACGACUGCCUUGCAGGCAACCGACUGGUUCCAUGCGCAGGGCACCCAAAAUGUUAUUAUCAAAUCCUUCCGCACGAAGGAGGACCCUCAAAAUUUACACUUUCUCUUCUCUACCAUGGCGACGGGUGGUAAAACACCGCAGCGGUUUACUGGCGUUGUGCCCUACCAUGAGGGACGCUACACCGGAACUGGCGAUCUUUUUGCGGCAUCCCUUUUGGCUUUUUCCCACCAGCACCCAAUGGAGGUUGCGGUGGGAAUAGCGAUGGGUGUCCUGCAGGACGUCAUCUUGGCGACGCGCAACGAAGGUGGUGACGGCACGAGUUCCCUGAUGAACCGCGAGUUACGCGUGACGAAGUCGGUCCAGUCACUUCUGAACCCUGCCAAUGUGGCUGAAGUGAGGCCGAUGUGA